ACACUAGUUCAUUCUCCGACACCGACUCAUUAACCGGCUGCUGUUUGUGGUGUGUAGGGAAUUUGGUGAGUGCGAGAUGUCUGUGGGUGUGACGAAAUUGCGGAAGCGAAAUUAAAGCUGGGUAACUCUAAAUGAGAGAAAGUUUCGCUGCCUGGUUUCUUACCGUGUCUCUUGUCGUGCCUGACGCAUGGCGUUCCUCCGGAGCCACCUGGAGCCUGUGGUGUUCUGCGCGCAGGUCGCCAGCUCGUUCUUCGACACCGGCCUACAGAUGGUUGUGAAGCAGCGCUACGAGAACCUAACAGCCGGAGGACAGCACGGUCAGAAGGCGAUCGCAAACUUUUACAUGAUCUUUAACAUCCUAACCAAGGUGGUGCCGAUCAUCCCAGCGCUCCUGCUGUCGCGAAUCGCAGACCGGGGUUACCGGAAAGUUCCUGUUAUAGUUCCUCUGAUCGGUUACUUUGUUUCACGGUCGCUGCUCCUGUUCGUCAUAGCUCUCGACUGGAGGGUGGAAGUGAUGUACGCGGCUCCCGUCGUGAACGGGCUCUGCGGCGGCUUCUCGACCUACUGGCCCGGCGUGAUCGUCGUGGUGUCCCUGAGCACCAGCGAGGAGGUGCGGUCUCUGCGCAUCAUGCGCAUCGAGCUCGUCUACGGUCUCGCGGGCUUCCUGGGGAGUCUGGCAUCAGGUCACCUGUUCCAGCUCUACGCGCUCGGGAACAAGCAAGGGGUUUUGCUCUCGUGCUCGAGCGUGCUGCUGUACUUUCUGUGCGUCGUCUACGCGACGUGCGUGCUACAGGUGAGCACGCGCAGCCCGGACGCGGAGGAGAGGAGAGAUAACGACAGUUUCGGCGUCCUGAACCGCGACACGGUGAACAUCGCGCUGCUGUUCACCGCCGGCAUCCUGUACGACGUGGCAGUGGCGGGCGGCGUGGAGAUCCUCAACGUGUUCGUGCUGGUGGAGCCGCUGAGCUGGACCGCGGCGGAGGUGGGCUACGGGAACGCCGCCGGCUCGGUCAUCUUCAUCACCAGUUUCCUCGGCGUGAAGCUGUUCACACGGUGCUCUCUGAGCGACACCAGCAUGAUCCUGAUAGGCAUGAUCUCCUUCCUCACGGGCAUCUACUUCAUGACGUUUGUUACGACCACCGCCAUGUAUUUUUUAGCUCGUACACUCACUUUGUUUGCGCUGAUUCCCAUGCCCACCAUCCGCUCACUACUGUCCAAGCAGAUCCGAGGAUCAUCAUACGGAAAGACUUUCACAGGGCUCCAGUUGUCUUUCCUGUUGGCAGGUCUAGCUACAACUCCUAUCUACACCCAGGUCUACCAGGCUACAUUGCACACCCUUCCAGGGUUUGUCUUCACUUUAUCCAGCAUCAUAACAUUCCUUGCCAUGAUUCCCACCAGCAUUGUCGGCUGUCGUACUGCAAGGCAGGAACGCUACGACAGGUUAUAAGGAAAUUGAAGCUUCAGGUUAAUCCUGAGCUUGACCUUCUGCCUGUGCAGUGUUUCACAGAUUCCCCGUGUUCGUCUGGGUUCUCCGGUUUCCUCCAACCUUCCAAAAACGUGCUACUAGGUGGAACUGCGAUGCUGACUUGUCCUUAGGUGUAUGUGUGUAUAUGGUGCCCUGUGAUGGGCUCAUGUCAUACCCAGGGAGAGUGCUAUCUUAGGAUCCACUACAAGCCUGACCAAAUAAAAUACAGAUUACGAAGUUUAUUGAUUUAUUAUUUAUUGCUAUUAUCAUUUCACUUCACUGGUACGUUGUGGUGUGUAUGUUACUUGUAUAUUUUUUAUGUCUUCCUCAGUUAGUGUUAUUUUAUUUGGCAUCACUUUAAAUGAAAAUGCACACAAAGGCAUAUGAAUAAUUGUCUUGGAUUACUGUGGGGUGCUUAUUUAUUUUAUUCAGUAGGUCAUUUACACACACCAUCUAGUCGCUGUUUUUUUUUUUUUGUUUU